AAGUUAACAGAGUUUUUUUCAGUAAUAUUUUUCUUGUUCGUGCGUGACGUCGCGCGACUGUGCCGCUUGUGAUUGUUUGUGUGUUUUAAAAAUUAUAUUAAAGAAUAAAACGCAAGAAACUUAGCUGGCGCAGAGUGCUAACGACUGAAAAUUGGCGCGACUUAAUUUAAAUGCAGUAGAUUUUUUACCGCGCCGUGCAACAGAACCGACACAACAAAAGAGAAAUAGCACAAAGAAAUUGGUCUUCCUGCUUUUGGCCGCUGUCGCCGCUGCCAUCGAAGAAGAAGAGUGCGCAAAAAAAGAAGAAAAAUGCACCGAAACACGGAAGCAGAGCAAUAAAAACGCAGAACUGACGAUAAUUGUGCAAUUAUUGAAAGAAUUGUAUAUUUAUUUUCGGUUGAAAGUUCUUUGUGUGAGGAAUACAUACAUACAUACAAAUAAAUUACUAGCAGUUCACAUCAGCAAUAACAACAACAUCCACAGCAGGCAGUGAAAAAUCUCAAUCUCGCAACCAAACGACGAAAGCAGCGGCAGAAAAUUUAUUAAAAUCAAAUAAUUUUUUGGCUGUUUGCUAAACAUAUAAAUUAAAAAGAAAUCAAAAUUUUUGAGUGAGGCUUAAAAGUUGUUAUUUAUGUAAUAUUGAGUCGACAGCAAACACAAAUUCGAAAAUGGAUGACAAAUUCAUCAUAUUCAAUGCUGCACGCGAUAACAACCUGCCCCUAUUGAAGAAUGCGCUGUACAACAAGAGCUCUGCAGAUAUUGCAACUUUAAUUUCAGCUAAAGUGAAUGGAGCCACACCGCUGGUCAUCUCCUGCCGCAAUGGACACUACGACAUUGUAGAAUAUUUAUUGACAAAGUGCCGCGCCAAUGUGGAACAGGUUGGCUCCGUUAGCUUUGACGGCGAGCCCAUUGAGGAUGCGCCGCCGCUGUGGUGUGCCGCUGCAGCGGGUCAUCUGGGCAUUGUCAAGAUGCUGGUGCGUAGAUUUGCCAAUGUGAACAGUACGACGCGAACGAAUUCGACGCCGCUGCGUGCCGCCUGCUUCGACGGACAUUACGAAAUCGUCAAAUACUUAGUCCAUCACGGAGCAGACUUCGAGGUAGCCAACCGGCAUGGACACACCUGCCUAAUGAUCGCCUGCUACAAGGGACACUAUCGCAUUGCACAGUAUCUGCUUUCGCUGAACGCGGACGUGAAUCGGUGCAGCAUCAAGGGUAACACGGCGUUGCACGAUUGCGCGGAGUCGGGCUCAUUGCAAAUACUGCAGCUGCUGCUGAAACAUGGAGCCACCAUGGACGUGGACUACUAUGGCAUGACGCCACUGUUGGCCGCCAGUGUGACUGGACACAGGCCCAUUGUGGAACACCUGAUAACGCUGCCAAGUGUGAGUCGGGUGGCGAGAAUCGAUGCAUUGGAGUUGCUGGGAGCGACAUAUGUGGACAAGAAACGUGAUAUGGCCGUGGCACUAACGCUUUGGCGACGGGCGCUGGAGGAGCGAGCACAGGAGCCGCAGUUACAUAAAAAAGUGCAGGAACCGGUGCCGGCAUAUGAGCUGGUAACCGAAGUAACCACCAUCGAGGAACUGGAGGAGUUGGUUCUCGAUCCGGAUGAGAUGCGAAUGCAAGCGCUGGUAAUCAGACAGCGUAUCCUAGGACCGACGCAUCCGGACACCAGCUACUACAUUCGUUUCAGGGGCGCACAUUACGCUGACGCUGGCCGCUUUGAUCGCUGCAUUGAACUCUGGUCAUAUGCUUUGACUAUGCAACAGAAAAUCUUGCAGCCGCUGAGCCCCAUGACACAAUCCUCGUUACUUUCCUUUGCCGAGCUUUUCAGCUUCAUGCUGGUUGAGGCGGGGCGUCUGUUGCCCCGUGGACGCAUUGUGCCGCCCAUUGAGGCUGACGGCAUGUUGACCAUCUUUCACAAGGCUGUGCUGGAGGUGGAGCGUGGUCAGGCAUUUACAUUGGAGCAGCAUCAACAUCAGCAGCUGCUGCCAGCUGCCAGCAAACAGCUAACUCAAUCGCCAUCCUCAUCAUCGACAUCAUCGUCCUCCAGCUCAUCAUCAUCCAGCAGCUCAGCGUCCGCCUCAUCGUCGACCACGUUGUUGUCGGCUCAUCAGCACGACUGCAAUCACGAUCCCAAUGCACUAAGUCGCACUCUGGUCAGUGCCCUGCACAUUGGUUGCCUGCUCAGUUCACUGCUCGAAGCGGACAGUUUCUGUCCGGACAUGCGGCAUCAAGUGAUGAACGCCUUAUAUCGCCUCAACCGUCUCAAUGUUCACGUGCGCUUUGGCCGUACAGCCCUGCACUAUGCCUGCUAUCGCGAGGGCACUCUCGUGGGUCGAUAUCCCUCCGGGCAGUUCCCAUCCGUGUCGCUGGCAAAAGCUCUGCUCGAAGUAGGCGCCGAUCCGAAUGCCGUGGACGAUUCGGGCAAUACGCCGCUACAUCUAGCCGCGACACUCCAACCUUAUGUCGAGCCCUUGGCGCAGACGUUGCUCGAGGGUGGCGCACACUUGGACACAAAGAACGACGCUGGAGAGACGUUUGAGACACUGCUGGCGCACACACCUCUGCACAAAAUCAUCGAUCCCAUGAAGUAUACAACGCUGGCGUGUCUAGCGGCGCGUACAAUCAAACAGCAUAGCAUCAAGUAUGAGGGAACUGUGCCCCCCGCGCUGUAUCAGUUCAUCGAGUUGCACUAGGCAAGCUGCAGUUGCGAGCGCUGAACGAGAGAGCUAUUAGGCUGAGGCUCGUUGAUUCAAUGACACUCGGACACUCACACACGCACAGACACAGAGACUGGACUGGACCAGACCGGACCGACCGACCGCCCGCCCGCCAUCGUAGCUAUGCCACGUGGAUAGACAUAAUAUAGCAACUACCUAUUACUACUACUAUUACUUUUAAAUAUUAGAGCUGAUGGGAGAGCGUUACUAAUAACUAGGAACUGAUUUGUGAUGUUUGCAAGCGAAGUGCCCAAUCCUGGUGCAGGAUCCGGAUCGACAACGA